UUAAGAUCCCAUUAUAGCAAUUCUUUCAGCCGUUAAAUUCUGAUCCAAGUGUUUACAAGAUCAGCCUUCCUGCUUUCGCUCCUUAGCCGUCAUGAAAGCCCCCGCCUUCUGUUCUCCUUUCUCUUCACUCUUCAGUUUUAACUGUUACACACGCGCUCCGAGACUUAACCUUUGUUUCUCUCUUUGAACAAUAAUGGAUUCUCUCCGUGUCUUCCACAGCUCUUCUUCUCCCCAGAUCCACCUUUCCCGGAAGCCAUUCCGAUCCCUUCAUCAAUGUCAUAAAACUCCACUUGACAAUGCUUCCAUAUUCUUCAGGCACCCCAUUUCUGUUCACUUCUACGGCUCGAAGCCCCAUCAUAGCGCUAUUUCUGCUGUCUCCACCGAAGCAAGGUGCUCUAUGGACGAAGAAGCGAUAGAAAUGAAGAAUAAGAUGAAAACUUCAGGACAUGGGAAAGUGAAGCUGCAUAUUAGAUUGGAUCACCAAGUCCAAUUUGGCGAGCAUGUUGUGAUUCUAGGAUCAACGAAAGAUCUGGGCUCAUGGAAGAGAAGUGUUCCGAUGUCCUGGACGGAGAGUGGGUGGGUGGGUGACUUAGAGUUGCGAGAAGGUAAAAAUAUUGAGUUUAAAUUUGUGAUUGUGAGGAAGGACGGAAGUUUAGCAUGGGAAGAUGGAGAGAACAGGGUUUUGAAACUCCAGAAAGGAGGGAAAUUUAGUAUUGAUGCUAGAUGGAACUCGACAAAGGAGAAUCUAGAGCUGCUUCCUUUGGUUCAUGAUGAGGGUGGAGAAACCGAGAAGAAUUUGGCAGAUGAAAAGUCUGAAGUGAUUGAUUGUGCUUCUGUUUUGGAAGCAGAGCCAAGUCCUUUUGUAGGACAGUGGCAAGGUAAAGUUGCGUCUUUCAUGCAAUCCAGUGAGCAUCGCAACCAUGAAACAGAAAGAAAACGGGACUUUACGGGUCUUGAAGGCUCGGCUCUGAAGUUGGUGGAAGGUGAUCAGAAAUCAAGGAAUUGGUGGAGAAAGCUUGAUGUCGUACGUGAUAUCAUUGUUGAAAGUUUGCAAGGUGAAGAUCGAUUGGAGGCUCUUAUAUACUCUGCUAUCUACCUGAAGUGGAUAAACACAGGGCAAAUUGCUUGUUUUGAAGAUGGAGGCCACCACCGGCCAAAUAGACAUGCUGAGAUUUCAAGGCUCAUAUUUCGUGAAUUAGAGCGACAUUCUAGUAGGAAAGAUGCCUCACCACAGGAAAUUCUAGUCAUUCAGAAGAUUCAUCCAUGUUUGCCAUCUUUCAAAGCAGAAUUCACUGCUUCUGUUCCUUUGACUCGAAUUAGAGAUAUUGCUCAUCGAAAUGAUAUCCCUAAAGAUGUCAAGCUUCAAAUUAAGCAUACAAUACAAAACAAGCUUCACAGAAAUGCUGGCCCUGAAGAUUUGGUUGCUACUGAAGCAAUGCUGGCUAAAAUUACAAAGCACCCUGGAGAGUAUAGUGAAGCAUUUGUCGAACAGUUUAAGAUAUUUCAUCGUGAACUCAAAGAUUUCUUUAAUGCUGGCAGCCUUGCAGAACAGCUAGAAUCCAUCAGGGAUUCUUUGGGUGAAAGGGACAUUUUAGCUCUUAAUUCAUUCUUGGAGUGCAAAAAGAAUAUGGAUGCAGACUCAAAUGAUAUCAAGGGAGACCAAGGAAUUACUUUGCUGUUUAAAACCAUGGACUCUUUGAAUGCAUUAAGAGAAAUAAUUAUGAAGGGUCUUGAAAGUGGCCUUAGGAAUGAUGCUUCUGAUACUGCAAUAGCUAUGCGUCAAAAGUGGCGCCUCUGUGAGAUUGGGCUAGAGGACUACUUAUUUGUUCUUCUAAGCAGGUUUCUCAAUGUGCUUGAUGUUAUGGGAGGUGCUGGUUGGAUGGCAGCAAAUGUGGAAUCAAAGAAUGUAAAUGCUUGGAACGAUCCUCUUGGAGCCCUUAUUAUUGGAGUACACCAGCUGAAGUUAUCUAGUUGGAAACCUGAAGAAUGUGCUGCUAUUGAAAAUGAGCUCCUUGCUUGGAAGAAAAGAGGCCUUUCCGAAAUGGAAGGAAGUGAAGACGGGAAAACAAUUUGGGCAUUGAGACUGAAAGCUACUCUUGACAGAUCAAGGCGGCUCACUAAUGAAUAUACUGAAGAACUUCUGAAGAUAUUCCCUGAAAAAGUCCAGGUGCUAGGAAAAGCCCUAGGAAUCCCUGAAAACAGUGUAAGAACAUAUACUGAAGCUGAGAUUCGUGCUAGUGUGAUUUUUCAGGUUUCAAAAUUGUGUACACUUCUUCUAAAGGCUGUGAGAAGUACUCUUGGUUCUCAAGGUUGGGAUGUUCUUGUACCUGGAAAUACUUUGGGAAAAUUGAUUCAGGUCGAAAGAAUUGUCCCUGGCUCGUUACCACCCUCAACAGAAGGACCCGUUAUCCUUGUAGUUGACAAGGCUGAUGGAGAUGAGGAGGUAACCGCAGCAGGAAGGAAUAUAGUGGGAGUUAUACUUAAGCAAGAGCUACCUCAGUUGUCUCAUCUUGGUGUUAGGGCCCGGCAGGAAAAGGUUGUUUUUGUCACAUGCGAAGAUGAAGAAAACGUUGCUGACAUACAGAAACUUCUGGGCACAAGUGUGAGGUUGGAAGCAUCCACUGCAGGUGUUAAUCUGAAGUCGUCAUCAUCGGUUGAUACAGAUGGAAGUUCUUUUGCUAAAAUUGCUUCUGAUGAUGAAUUUCCCAGAACUGAAAUUCCUUCAUUGUCUGCUGGUAGAAUCUCCUAUGCUAAUCAGGGUGUUUCUGCUGGAAUUAUCCUGCUUCCAGAUGCAGAGACGCAGACUUCUGGUGCUAAGGCUGCAGCUUGUGGUCGUUUGUCUUCUUUGUCAAGAGUUUCAGAUAAAGUUUAUAGUGAUCAAGGAGUGCCGGCGUCUUUUCAAGUCCCUCGGGGGGCAGUUUUACCUUUUGGUUCCAUGGAAUUGGCACUGGAGCAGACCAAUUCCAUGGAAGCAUUCAGCUAUAUGGUGGAAAAGAUAGAGACAGCGAGAUUGGAUGGUGGUGAGCUUGAUACGUUAUGCCAUCAACUCCAGGAAUUGAUCUCUUCUCUGCAGCCUCCAAAAGAUAUUAUUGAAAGCAUCAGAAGGAUAUUUCCAGACAGUGCACGUUUAAUUGUUCGUUCUAGUGCCAAUGUUGAGGACUUGGCCGGCAUGUCAGCAGCUGGACUUUAUGAAUCAAUACCCAAUGUCAGCCCAUCCAUCCCAACAGUUUUUGGUGCUGCAGUUAGCCAGGUUUGGGCCUCAUUGUACACAAGAAGGGCUGUCUUAAGCCGUCGUGCUGCUGGCGUGCCUCAAAAAGAAGCUGCAAUGGCAGUUCUGGUCCAAGAAAUGCUUUCACCAGAUUUAUCUUUCGUGUUACAUACUUUCAGCACAACAAACCAGGAUCAUAACUAUGUAGAGGCAGAGAUUGCUUCUGGCCUUGGUGAAACUCUGGCUUCUGGGACCCGGGGAACCCCAUGGCGUAUCUCAUCUGGGAAAUUCAACGGGCUAGUGCAAACACUAGCAUUUGCAAACUUCAGCGAGGAAUUGCUUGUACGUGGCGCAGGACCUGCAGAUGGGGAGGUUAUCCGUUUGACAGUGGAUUAUAGCAAAAAACCGUUAACAGUUGACCCAGUUUUCCGCAGACAAAUGGGUCAACGUCUUUGUGCAGUGGGGUUUUUCCUCGAAAGGAAAUUCGGUUGCCCACAGGAUGUAGAAGGAUGUCUCGUUGGAAAAGACAUAUUUAUUGUCCAAACUCGGCCACAACCCCAUUAAAACAUCUCUCUCCAACUCUAUCUCUUGACUGGAAGCCUGAGUGUCAUAAUACAUGUAAACAUUCGCUGUUAGUUUGGAUAUUUGCAUCAGUUGAUUUAGGGUACAUGGACCAACUGCUCCACCCUUUGGUUCCAUCAAUUUGAAGAUCAGACAUACGAGGGAAGUGCACCCUUGUAUAGCAGUAUGUGAUGGAACAAAAUCACUCUGAAGGAAGUUGAAGAGUUUGUUGAACAAGCUGAUUAUCCACACAUGGUGAUAAGUUGUGUUGGAUUCUUCAGGUGAGAUCGAGCAUGGCGGGUCCAUUCUACUUGGGUGUAUAGUAAUAUUUGUCUAAUAAGGAUCAGAAAUAAUGGUGAGCUAUGAGAAAGGAGUCGGAAAUGCAACAAACGAAUCAGAAUUUCAUAGGGUUUAGGCGAGUGCAGAUACCUUAAUAGAGAUUGACUUCCUGAAUCUUAUUCUGUUCCAUGUAUUGCUUCCAACUCUUGGUUCAUGCGUUAUUCAAAUUUCCCUGAAAGUUUCCUGAUCUCAA